UUCGCCAUGCUGGCCAGGCUGGUUGAGAACUCCCAACCUCAGAAUCAAAGCCAGAAAUUCAACUUUGUUCCUCCUGCCCUCUGAUUUUCUCCAAUCAGCAAGCUCUCAGCCAACAUGUGUGGCUGAGUCAUCUCUCUCAUUUGUUUUCAAGUUUAUGGGCAGGAAAUCCUCUCCAGCUGGGAAAACACUAUCCAGAAGAUCAGAAACAACAGCAGGAUCCAUUCUGCUUGAGUGGCAAAGCAGAAUGGAUUCAAGAGGGAGAAGACUCCAGACUCCUCUUUGGGAGAGUAAGCAAAAAUGGCACUUCAAAGGCACUUUUCAGCCCACCUGAAGAACAGCCAGCACAGUCCAAGGAAGACAACACAGUGGUGGAUAUAGGGCCCAGCCCUGAACAGAAGGCAGACCUUGAGGAAACAGACAAAGUAUUGCAUGGUUUAGAAGUGUCAGGAUUUGGAGAAAUCAAAUAUGAAGAGUUUGGGCCAGGCUUUAUCGAGGAGUCAAAGCUCCUUAGCCUCCAGAAGACACAAACUGGGGAGACAGCUUACAUGUACACUGAGUGGGGAGACAGCUUUGGCGGUAUGUCAAUCCUCAUCAAAAACCCAAGGACACACUCUGGGGGAAAGCCUUAUGUGUGCAGGGAAUGUGGGCGAGGCUUUACGUGGAAGUCAAACCUGAUCACACAUCAGAGGACACACUCAGGGGAGAAACCUUAUGUGUGUAAGGAUUGUGGACGAGGCUUUACGUGGAAGUCGAACCUCUUUACCCAUCAGCGGACACACUCAGGGCUCAAGCCUUAUGUGUGCAAGGAAUGUGGGCAGAGCUUUAGCCUGAAGUCAAACCUCAUCACCCACCAGAGGGCGCACACUGGGGAGAAGCCUUAUGUUUGCAGGGAAUGUGGGCGUGGCUUUCGCCAGCAUUCACACCUGGUCAGACACAAGAGGACACAUUCAGGAGAGAAGCCUUAUAUUUGCAGGGAGUGUGAGCAAGGCUUUAGACAGAAGUCACACCUCAUCAGACACUUAAGGACACACACAGGAGAGAAGCCUUAUGUAUGCACAGAAUGUGGGCGUCACUUUAGCUGGAAAUCAAACCUCAAAACACAUCAGAGGACACACUCAGGGGUUAAACCUUAUGUCUGCCUGGAGUGCGGGCAGUGCUUUAGCCUGAAGUCAAACCUUAACAAACACCAGAGGUCACACACAGGGGAGAAGCCGUUUGUAUGUAUGGAGUGUGGGCGAGGCUUUACCCGGAAAUCAACCCUCAUCACGCACCAGAGGACACACUCAGGGGAGAAGCCAUUUGUAUGUGCUGAGUGUGGACGAGGCUUUAAUGAUAAGUCCACCCUCAUUUCACACCAGAGGACACAUUCAGGGGAAAAGCCUUUUAUGUGCAGGGAGUGUGGCAGAAGGUUUCGGCAGAAGCCUAACCUAUUUAGGCACAAGAGGGCACACUCAGGUGCCUUUGUGUGCAGGGAGUGUGGGCAAGGCUUUUGUGCUAAGUUAACUUUCAUUAAACACCAGAGGGCACACUCAGGGGGGAAGCCUCAUGUGUGCAGGGAGUGUGGGCAAGGCUUUAGCCGGCAGUCACACCUCAUUAGACACCAGAGGACACAUUCAGGAGAGAAGCCUUAUAUUUGCAGAAAGUGUGGGCGAGGCUUUAGUCGGAAGUCCAACCUUAUCAGACAUCAGAGGACACACUCAGGAUAGAAACUUUAUGUGUACAGGGAAUGUGGUACAGCCUUUUGCCAGGAGUCAUACUUCAUCAGACAUCAGGGGACACACACAGCGCUGUGGCUUUGUCAGCCAUUGCUAGAUACCAAAGUG